GGGGGGCGGCGGGGGGGGGACGGGACGGGGGGAGGUUUACGGGGACGCAGCGGGAGGUUUUUCGGGUUUACAUAGUUUGAAAUGGACUAAAUGUGUCUGUUUUUGUUGUUUGGUUAUGAUGGAUACAAUCACGGGGGUUUGAGGGAAGGGUAGUUGUAGUUGCGGUCCGUCGGUCGGUGCCUCUCCGGUUGUGAUGGAGUGAGUGGAAGAGAGGGCGCACGGGAACUUCAGCCUCGCCAUGAAAUCAGUGUUUUUCAGCCGCUUCUUCAUCCUGCUACCCUGGGUCCUCAUAGUCAUCAUCAUGAUCGAUAUCGACAGUAAAAGGGCGAUCCGGGCUCCAGCUGCCGCCCGGACUGGCAGGGCGCAGCGGGCGGCCCGGACCGGCGCACCGGGGACGGGUGGCACCCAGAACCAGACCGCUCUGCCGGUUAUCUACGCCAUCACUCCGACUUACACCCGACCGGUGCAGAAAGCGGAGCUGACCCGUCUGUCGCACGUCUUCCGCCAGGUGCCCCGGUUCCACUGGAUCGUGGUGGAGGACUCCACGACGCGCACGGAGCUGGUGGCGCGCUUCUUGGCCCGGUGCGGCGUGCCGUACACGCACCUGCACGUGUUCACGCCCCGUAGGUUCAAGCGCACCGGGAUGCCACGCGCCACCGAACAGAGGAAUGUGGCUCUCACGUGGCUCCGGCAGCACCGGAUCAAGCGGGACGCCGGGGUGGUUUUCUUCGCGGACGACGACAACACCUACAGCCUGGAGCUGUUUGAGGAGAUGCGUAGUACCCGAGGUGUUUCGGUUUGGCCCGUGGGAUUUGUAGGGGGCAGAGCGUAUGAGCGCCCCCUGGUGUCCGGGGGUAAAGUGGUGGGCUGGUACACCGGCUGGAGACCGGACCGACCCUUCGCCACCGACAUGGCAGGUUUCGCGGUGAACCUCCAGGUGAUCCUGGCGAACCCGCGGGCGCAGUUCAAGCGGCGCGGCUCCCAGCCGGGGAUGCAGGAGUCCGACUUCCUCAAGCAGAUCACCAAGGUUACCGAGUUGGAGCCCAAGGCCAACAAUUGCACCCGGGUGCUGGUUUGGCACACUCGCACGGAGAAGCCGCACCUCGCCAACGAGCCCAAACAUCUGAAGGACAGCGUGGUCAUCGAGGUGUGAGAGGAGGAGCCGGGCAGCGGAUCCCAAAGCAGACGUCAUCUCUUGGCCCGGGGGACUAGCGGCGGCGGCACGGGGUCGAUGCCAUCUGUUCACGGCGGACGGACUCUGAAGGAGCUGCAUGAUUCAAGACUGGUUUUGUUCAGCGUUUUACGAAACUGGGAUGACUUUGGCCAGUUCACGUUCCUCCAUCCACGGCUUGUCGAUGUGAAAAGUAUAAAUGUAAAAAAAAACAUCAUGUUGCUGAAGUGCCAUGUGAAGUAUUGAUGUCAUUUUAAUCAUUAAUACAUAAUUGUC